GUCAAAAUGGCGACUCUCUGUUCGAAAUUCACCAAGAUGAUCGCGAUUUGCCGUUUUGCUCUUUAUAGAUGAGGGCUCUUAUGAGGAUUGCAAGUUAAAAAGCGUUACAAAGCGUAAAUUUUGAAACUUCGAAGAAGAGAUCAAGCGCGUUAAAUAUGGAUAAUUCCCAACUGUUGCAUUCCUACAACAGUGCGGCCACAGCAACUGCACCGACUAUAGGAAGAGACAGACUGCUCAGAUAUUUACCUAAAAAACAAACAGAGCUUCGGCAAGUUGCCAUUGAUAUUCCAGAAACAGGAAGCCUGACUGGAAAUCAAGAUGCUUUGAAGGAUGAAGGAGGUUAGUUUUGUCAAAGGUGUUCAAAAUCAAAAGCCAACAGUCUCUUGCAAUUGUACGUAAAAUUAUGCAUAUUCGUAGCCUGGAAAACAGCUGUUUCUCCUCGCUCCCCGCCGCUUGGGACGUUUCACCAGGAGAGACAUCUGCGCCUUCUGGACAGAAAUUCCAUGCCAAUGAUGUAAGAUUCGACUGUAAGCCCUCUCUCUUUUUCUUUAGAUUUAGUGCAGGGAGUGCAUGCGCAAAGCUGUAAGACACGAGAAAUGAGGGCAGCAACUCGAAAAGGCUCUCCCAUCUCGUGCCUUCAGUCAUGCGUGUGGUCAUUUGCAUGUCUUGCGCGUCUCGCUCGAUGAACUAAGAAAAAAGAGAGACUGCUCUUAGUCUAACGUAAAAUCUGUGUGAAAUCUAAUCAGGAGCUCUGAUUGGUUGACAUAGUAGUUAUAUUGUUUUAGCUUCUCUUUACGAAUGACGGACAAAAGACAAAAGGCUCUUGGAUACAGCUACAUAAUAAAAGUCCAUCUUAUAUAAAGUAUAUUAAUAUGGUUAUGUUGUAGUUAAUUUUUUAUCUCAGGUAAUUUUUAUUUUUCUUUUGUUUAAACUUCAUUAAUGUAGAUUAUCAUACCCAGAAACAAAAGAAAAAGAAAAAUUACCUGAGAUAAAAAAUUAACUACAACAUAUAUAUACAUAUAAGUAUAUUUAUAUGUACGAAAGAAUUUUUAAAUGCCAGUUACUUUGGGAUUACACUGCUCUCAAAAACAUGUAAUAUGUUCCAAAAUCAAUCAAUCUCCUGUGAUUCAAACAAGUACUUUUUUGGAUUGGUUCCAUUUUGAAGAGAUGCAUUAAUACCACUAAGCAUUGUAAAUUUCAGCCUAUAAUAGCUAGUUUAACACCACAUACAAAACAUGUGUACAGACAGACCCUUUCACUGAAUGAGACUUGGCCAAAUGCUUUAUGUAUUCUACAGACUGCAACCAACUUAUUGACAAGCGUAAGCAAAAUAUACAACAAUAGACUGAUUGAACUUAAAACUAAUAGAUUUGAUGAACAAUGUAGCAACAUCUCUUUUAUUACAAAAUGGGGAUCAAAGUUCCAUAAAGGUGCAGGCCUUGACACAUGAAAAUUCUAGAACUGUUCAAGAUAUAAGAAACUGAUGAUAACCAACUCGCACAGGUUAAAUUCACCAGCGACCUACUGUAGACAUGACUCCUCACAAUAUAUUAAUCAAACAAGGAAAGGUAUAUAUUUUUCAUAAAAAAAUUAUUUUUAUUACUAGAAUAAAUGAAAUAAUGUUGCUUAUGUACUUGUUAACAGCAAAUAGUUUAAGAAUGAGAGGAACAAUGAAUGAUAAUGACAGAUCCACUCUAUCAGUAAGUAACUGGUCAAGUGUUUUUUUAACUUUGGCUUGCAUUAAAUUAUUUCAGUUAUUUUCUAAGUUUUUAUGGGAGUUUAUAUUGUCACAUUGAAAUUCUAGUUACCUUAAUAUGGCCUCUUUACCAAACUCCAUUUCUUGCAAUAUUUAGUUGAACCUCUCAUAAGCAGACUCUCUAGAUGCAGAAAAAGUGUCUGGCACUUUAAUGAGAGAGGUUGCCGUCUCAGGAAGGUUUAAAAAACAGUGUUUGUCUGUGGUUGGGACCAUGACUGAAUGUUCACUUAUGAAAGGUGCCUGCCCAAGGGAGAUUUAAAACACAGUGUUUGUAUGUGGGUGGGACGAUAACUGAGUGUCUUUUUUAAGAUUCCUAGUUUUUGUUCACCUAUGUGAGGUGUCUGUUUGCAGGAGUUCAAAUGUCUUUGGUGGCCCUUCGCAACACACUUUUUCCCUGAAGGUCUAGGUGCAGCCUCAACCCAGUUUCUAUAGCAUGAAAUGCUUGAAGCAUUGCUCAUCCUCCCCCACCCCCACCCUUAAACUGGGUUGCCAGUCCCCAGCAGUAUUCAACAGAUAUCCAUUUAUACACCCUGUAAACCAUAAAGAGAGACAGUGGAGAAAACUCUCUUGUGUAAGGAAACAAUGUGACCAGCAAGGCAUCAACUGCUUGGCCACCAUCCAAGUUCCAUGAUGAUAUUUCACUUGGGCAAGAGGGAAAUCUUAGCUUUUUAACAAGAAUGGAAUGUUAGACACCUUAAAGGUUUAACCCUUUGCCUCCACCCUGACCCUUCUUAGAUCACAGCCUUGGUUGAAGAGAAAAAACCUAUAACUUUAAGCGAUUACAAGGUAAUGAUAAUAUUGUAUAUUAAAUUUUUAUCCUUUUUAGAGUGCUAUAAAGCCUUUUCCACAAAGAUCUUACCCAAUCAUGAAGAGAGUUAGGAGGGAGCUUCAGAGUGUCCUUGCAGAGCGACAGGUGAGAAGACUACUGUAAAUUAUAGAACAAGAAAAUAGUGGAGUAGCUUUUAGUUCUAUUAGUAUGGAAGCUUUCAUUUUUGGAGGUUUAGCUCGGCUGUGAUUUCUUUGAAAAUUGUAAUUCUUGUUUUACAGGAUCCUCACAUGUUGUUUAUAUCCAAAACCAACACACAAACAGAUGUGAAGCUUGAACAACAAUAAACAAGAUACAGUCUGCACUCAAGAGUUUUUUUAUAAACAAUCCAAACUUAUCCCUUUGUUUGUUUGUUUUUUCAGGGCUGGAAAAUAUUUUGGCUGAUCAUUUUGAAUUUACUCUGCUCCUUUGGACUUUUUGUAUACAGUGGAUCAACAAACAGCUUAGGUAACAGAAAAAAGUUGCAUCAAUGACUCUUACGAACAGAAGAGUAACUGGUACGUUAUAUUACAUGUACAUGCUGGCCAGCACAUUAACCAUGAGCUCAUCUUUUUUUCAGCUCUCACAUCAUUUAGUUACUUGACAAUAUUUGAUCUAUUAAGGUAUGUUCUUUCUUGAAAUCUCUACUGUCAAAGAAAUUCAUUUUUUGUUCAUCGAACUGUAAUUUCCCUAACAGAUUCCUUGGUGUAAGCUAACCAUAAUUCUCUCUGUUCAUUUACAGUCUUUUUACAUGUCUUUUAUCCCUGUGGGUGUCACUUCAAAAACCUUCCUCCUCCUUUUCUUUUGGGUGAGGAAUUUUGUUAUAAUUUAUUGUCAUUGCAUUUACCAAAUAUUAUAAAUAUAAAAAUCCAACAUGUCUAAAAAAUCAUCACUCAUAGUUCAAAAACUCAUUAAUGAUUCAUAAGAAAAAACAAAAGAAAUUAAUGUUUAAUGAGUUUCAUUAUGUCUGAUAAAGACAUGGCUAAACUUUACGUCCAAUUUUUUGGACCAAAAUAACCCCAAAUCUAAAUAUUAGUGCAAGAAUGAGUCAAUGUAUAUCAGAGAUUUUGAAGCCGUUCAAAACACUCGCAGUUCUGUAUUAUUAGGUGUAAAAACUCUUGGCUUCGCCUCAAGUUUUUAAACAUGAUAAUACACUCCUGCUCAUUUUUAAAUAGUACACGCAUGACUUGUUGUAUGUUGUUUGCAAUCAUGAAUACUUUUUGAAAAAAAGUCACAAAAAUGUACAUGUAAAGAAAAGAAAUUGACAAGACACAGGUGAUAGUGUGUUAAUAUUAUUUUUCCUUGCUUAGGUAUCAGAGAUAUGAAGUACUGGCUGUGUUUACUAGUACUGUUCUUGUUAUGUUUGGAGCACUUUUUAUUGUGAAAGAAAGGUAACACAUCUAAAUGUACUUUUUUGCCAUCAUAUACACUGAGAUUUUAUUGAAAACUGCCUUUUGAUAAAAUUAAAUCUCCUCUGAAAGUUUGAGCAUUCUCUCUUUUUUGUUAUUAUUAUUUUUUGCAAUAUUUUUGGCAUGAAGUUGUACUAUGUAUAUUACCACUCAGCUUAGUCCCUUUCUUGAUCACACAUGGUAUGAACCAUAACAUAGAAGGUUUUUUUUGUACAUUUUGAACUUUCUUAAGCCUUUCUGUUGAAAUUUUACUUUACAGCAUUGAAAGGAUGCUUAUGCCUCCAGAAGUUACAACGUAAGUUUGCAAAUUAUGUCGUUUAAAAUCUCUUUCGUUCUAUCACUAACAGAAGAUUAGUAAACCGUUUUCUUUGCAUUCCAGACAAACUGGGAAAUUUUUAGUAACACUUUUCAUAAUACUAAUAUUACACACCCUCUGACAUCAUAGAUUUUGCAGUGUUGCGGGCUCAUAGAUUUUGGCAGGAAACAGUUCAUUGUUAGAUGUCAUGUGACCUUGAUGUAACCAAUGAGAGCACGCGCUGUUGGGAAAAAAAUUCCUGCCAUAUAACAAUUCUAAUUAUGGAGUUGAUUUGCAGAGUUCCGUAUUAUACAUUAUUUCUGUUUUUUUUUAAUAGGGAUAAUCUUCUCCCAGUCACAGUAGUUGGAUUAUUGUUACAUUUACUUGUGACAUAUGGUGUUACAAACAAACCGUUUAUCAUAGUGUCCCAAGGUAAGCCAUUUAAAAACUAUGUUAUUGUUCAUGUAUGUAUAUGUUACAGGUCAAAUUUGAUUUCAGGUUAUUUUUGAUUUAACCUAGGUUGAUUUUUUUAACCUAGGUUAUUUAUAACGUAGUGUUAUAUAGUCAUGCAGUCUCUUCAUGCUUACUAAAAAAUUGUUUACAUAAACUUUGUGUUUUAGCUGCAUCGUCCAAUUGGCUCCAGGAUGCUGUGAAUGAUUUUGGACAUAGGUGAGUUGUUCAAGCUUAAAUCCCCUGGAAAUGUUUUACAAAAUAUGAAAAGCUUUUUUUGUCUAUUUUGCAUUGAGAAAUUAAGUUUUCUGCUUUGGGAUUUUCCUUGAUUUUAGUUGGUUGAACAAAGUAAAGCAUUCUUAUGAAGUGUUUCUGUAAGUUACUGCAGAUCAAUGAGAGAAAGAAUUAACUUGCUGAUUGAUUUUGUGAUCUGUUACUUGCAGUGUCUGUGGGUUUGCUCCAUUCCUAGGCAAAGUUCUCAUUCAAAAGUUUAACCCCAUAGCUCUUGUGGGGAUGGCAGGAGCAGUGUCAGUGCUUACAACUGAUGCAUUGAUAAGUUACAAGUAAGUAUCUCUUGGGUUGCUGCUAAUCUAUUUAAAUCUUUUAACAAACUUUAAUUACCAGUUAAUAAAGAGGUGGUCCUCACAACAGGAGUAACUCAGUCUAUGAUGUGCAGUGGCCAAAGCCAACAGGAUGCCACCAAGCUCAAUAGGCCACUGGGACACCCCAAAAACAUCAUGAAGAUCAGAAACUGGAAUGUAUGUACACUGUACAGAAGUAGUAACAUUGCACAGGUAACAAGAGAAAUGACCGGUAGAAACAUAGACAUCAUGGGUAUUAAUGAAACACACUGGACAAGGCAAGGAAAAAUGCAACUGACAGAAGGAGAAACCAUCAUUUACUCUGGAAGAGAUGACAACAAUCAUAGAGAAGGAGUAGGUAUACUGAUGUCAAGAAGUGCAGCUAGAGCCCUGAUGGACUGGACUCCAAUAAGUGAAAGGAUCAUUCAGGCAUGGUUCUAUUCCCAACACAUCAAGCUAACAAUAAUAUUGUGCACAUCUAUGCACCCAUGGAAGAGGCAGACAAGCAAUUGAAAGAGGAAUUCUACAUGAGACUGCAAGAUGUACUAGACAAAAGGAACAAACAUGAUUUGCUGAUAGUCACUGGAGACAUGAACGAUAAGGUGGGAGAAGAAAACUGGGAUUAUGAUAAAGUGAUGGGCAAGCAUGGGCUGGGACGGCGAAAUGAUGAUGGAGAAGGGUUGUGUGAACUUUGCGAUACGAAUGAGCUUAGUUAUCACAGGAAUACUCUUCCCACAUAAGAAUAUACACAAGGCAACAUGUGUAUCACCAAAUAGGAUAACCAGGAAUCAGAUAGAUCACAUACUGAUAAGAUUUCAUUAAGGAAUUCAGUGAAAGACACUGGGGUUUACAGGUCUCCAGACACCUAAAGUUACCAUUACCUUGUAUGCACAACAGUCAAAUUGAGGUUGAGGAACCAAUCGAAGGAAAAGAGAGGAAUUACAGUCAAGUACGAUAUGAUGACCAAGCUGAAAAAUGAAAACAUCUUGAAGACAUUUAGCAUAGCGCGGAAGAACAGAUACCAGGUGCUUGAGGAUGGAGGGCUAGCAAUAAAAGAAGAAGAUAAAGAAAUAGGGCGUGACUUUCAAAUAAUGGAGAAGACGUACACUGAAGUUGCAGAAAGAGUUCUAGAAAGACGUCGAAAGAGGAACAAACCAUGGAUUAGUGACGAAUCAUGAAACCUUGUAGACUAAAGGGAAAAAAUCAACAGAAAUAUUCUCAGCUCAUGAUCAGAAAAAGUCAAGAGACAACUUGGGGCGAAGUAUGCAGAAAAGGACAGAGAAGUUAAGAGGAGUGUAAAACCAGAUGUAAGGAAAUGGGUGGAGAAGGUUGCAGAUGAAGCAGAAUAAGCUAUUCAAUAUACUGCGGAACUUCAUGGAGCAGGUUAACAAGUGGCAAGCAACACUCUAUCUAAACUUCAUAGAUUUUGAAAUGGAGUUCAACUCUAUCCACCGCGAAAGCAUGUUGGGAAUCAUGAAGCAAUAUGGAGUCCCAGAAAACGUCAUUAGAAUGGUAAAAAUAUUUUGUGAAGACUUCAAGUGUGCUAUAGACAACCAGGGAGAAAUAGGCGAGUGGUUUGACAUUAAAACCGGCGUCAAACAGGGAUGUAAUAUGUCGGGUGUUUUGUUCUUGAUUGGUCAUGGUGAGAAUUGGUAUUAGGUGGAAAUUCACAUUUAAAUUAGACGACCUAGACUUUGCAGAUGGUGUAGUGCUAAUAAUCCUCUACCAAGUAGCAGAUUCAAGACAAAACAGCAAGAAUGUAUGACAAAGCCAGAUGAGUGGGAUUAACAUGGAAAAGACAACAGUCAUGAGAAUUAAGACAAAGGUGAUAAGAAUUAAUGCAAAGAACCAGGAAAUGAUUAUGAUAGCUGGACAAGGAAUAGCAGAAGUAGAUGAGUUCUCUUACUUGGGAGCUACAUUUGUACUUUUUGUAAAGAGGGAGGUGGUAUGAAGACCUGAAAAACGGACUCUCAAAGAUUAAAGAGGAUCUGAAAGUCAAAAAACAUCUUGAGAAGAACACAACUGAGGCUGUAAAAAACACUAGUAGUGCCAGUACUAGUCCUGCUGUACAGGUGUGAAACAUUGAAAGUGAACAAGGAGAAUGACAGAGCAUUGGAUGUGUUUCAUAACAAAUGUCUUCGAAGAAUCCUACAAAUCCAGUGGCAGAACCAUGUCAGUACUGAAGAGCUGCUUUAAAGAGCAGACAUGAAACCUAUGAGUAAAGAGGUGAAGCAGCAUGGAUGGAAGAUGAUUGGACAUAGACUAAGACAGGACCAAAGUAGCGACUGCUACACUGUACAUAGCAAUAACUUGGGCACUAGAAGGAAAAAGAAGAAGAGGAAGACCAAAAACCACCUGCAGAUGAACGGUUGAAAAGGAAAGAGCAGAAGCAGGAUGGCAAUUGUGGGAGGAAGUGAAGACCAUUGGGGCUAACUGAGGAUACGAAGAGGGACUCUGUCAAGGCCCUAUAUGCCAUGAGGCACAAAGAGGAUGGGUGAGGUGAGGUGAGGUGACGUGAAAGUGCCAAAGAUUCUGCCAGGAACAAGAAGCUGUACUCUUUGACAAAACGUUUCUCAAGUAAAUUAUAAUCUUUGAGCAAACUGCACUAACAAGCUUAAUCAAUAAGGGUGUGAAUUGCAUCACUCACUGAAACAAUGGAGCUUUGUUGACUUCAUUCAAAAUACUUGUCUCAUUAAUAAUUUAUUAAUUUUGGCAAAUUCAUUUUUGCUGAAUUCAUGUAUUUGAUCAAUUUUCAAAUUUAUAAGCACUGGUGUAACUAUUUUGUAAUGUAUUUCUCUUUGACAGUAAAUCAUUUAUAGCUGAUAGUUUCUGUGCAAUAGUGACUGCAUUUAUGAUGUGGGCUACCAUGUUUCCACUCAGUAUAUACAGUGGCCAGAUAUUAUUACAGGUAAAAAGUGAAUCUUAGCGAUAAAAAUUAUUUUUAACCUAACCCUAACCUGAACCUUUGUCCCAAUAGCUCUGACAAAGAAAUGAAGCAUUUCAAACCCAGACAAACACUCAUAUCCUUCCCCCACCAUCAGGCAGUACUCCUGAGUUAAAGUUAUGGAGAGUAGAGAUCUCCUUCACAUUUGGAAUUUCUUCAAUUCCAACAGCAGUCUUGCCCUCCACACUUCUUCCAUCUAGGGAGAAUCUACAAUUGCUACAAUACUGCCCUGUGGUUUCCUUAAUUUUUUGCUAUUAAUUUUUUUUAAAAUUUAGACAUGCCCCACUGAUAUAAUGAGCCAAAUAGACAAGUGCCUCCGUGAGGUAAGAUACAACAGAAUUUCUUUGAGCAGAAGUGUUUUUGACCUCUUAACAGCAACUUUGCUAAUUCAGCCAUAAAAAGCUGACAAUACACGUAAGUUCAGUAAACAAAUGUGUGCAUCCAACUGUUUUGGCUCCUUUUUUUCAGGCUUCAACCUUGGAUGGUGUUUUAGAAUUUAGAAAUGAGCAUUUCUGGACAGUGUCAUUUGGUCGCAUGGUUAGUAAGCUUAAACAUACAUUUAUUCUGGUCUCUGGCACUUCAAUCCUAGAUAGAGAAUAAUGCCUAAAGAAUACUGCUGCUAUAGCAAUAUGACUUUAAUGUUCCAUGUAAUCAAUAAGUAUUGGUCCGAGUGCCUUUUUAAAUAAUUAUUAUAAACCCAUGCAAACCGAAAAAACCAAACAUUUUUGAUGUUAAAAAAAAUCAAUCUUUCUUAACUGAUAAAUACUGUAUAUUAUUUUAGUUACACUGGUGUAUUGCACUUCCAUCUCACAAAGCCUACAAAGGAAUUUAACGAGUAGUUACAUAAUAAUAUUAAAAGAGAUACUUAUUUCUUUAUAGGCAGGCUCCCUGCAUGUUAGAAUCAGAAGAGAUGCCAGUGAACAGGUAAGUUUCUCUUUUCCCAUGGUCAUGGUUGACCAUUAAUUUUGACUAUUAAUUUUGGCCACUUGAAGAGUAGGAAGCAUAGCCAGGGAUUAUGGGUAUCAGGGCAUUAAAUAUGCAUUUCAAAGGCUUCAUUUUUAAGUUCUGCCUUGGUUGUAAGCUGGAUUUCUUCUCAACUACACUUACAGACUAGUGUACCUAAUAGAGAGAUUCAGCUAGCAUGUGCAACAGGCCACUUCUGAGUUCCAAAAACCCUCACUUUCAGAAUGAUGCCAAGUGCACAACCUUUCUUGUGAAAAUGAGUUUUAUUUGCAUGAAAAUGAAAAAUCAUUUCCAUAUCAAAGCCUGAGCACCGAACCUCAUUUUACAGAGGCCUGGGGGAACUCCGAAAUGGCCCAUUAGAACACGUCUUGUUUAGCAUUUGGGACACAAUUUGUUAGCCUAGUCGUCAAAAGUUUACUCUGCUUUAUUCGAGCAUUAUCUCAUGGAAGUAUUGUGAAAUGAUAGUUUAAUAAAACCACGAGUGUAGAAGAUAAUCAAAAGGACAAAAAAAAUUCGAAAAUUUUUGUCUCUGUACAGAUUUGGUCUGCUGCCUUGCUUGCUUGUGUCAGGCUCGUUCGCACCGCAGCAACAAAUAAAAAGGAAAAAAAUAUCAGUAAAUAAAAGCACGAGUGUAGAGAUUAACACAAGGGCAUGAUCAUAAAAGAAUUCGAAAAUGUUAAGAAAAGAAAAAGAUAAAUCCAUGAAGAAAAGGAUCUUACCUUGCCUCUUAGUGAACUGUGCUGAAGUGUCACAAAAACUGGGUGACACAAAUAAUCAUUUAAAAGCAACUGAAAAAUGCACGUGCAAUGUAACGUUUAAGUAAAGUUCAAAACAAAGAUGUAACGUUUAAUGCAUGACAUGUGCUCCCUUUUCCUCUGAGGUUUAUAGGAAACUGAAAAAAUGCACACACAAUGUUAUGUUCAAAUGAAAUUGAAGAAAAACAUCGCAUGUGCAUGCUGACCUUGACAUGGUUGCCACAGCCAGAGGUUUCUGAAAUUCCCUGACCAACUGAAUAAUAAUGGACUCAACCCUCCCCUCACAGCCAUCCCCUGCCUCAACCUAUUUAUUUAUGCUUUCAGCAAGUCAUGUGCAGUGUGCGUCAGGGUUUUCCAUAGCAUUUGGAAGUACCAGAUGAAGAGGUUUAUCUGGGGGACUCGCACCUUUUGUGCCACGGGUGUUUAUGUUGAGUGGCGUAGUCAAAAACUUCUAGGUGGGUUCAGGGGGCAUCUUCCCCCGGGAAAUUUUUAUGACUGGACUCUCUAAAAUGCAAUUUCCUACAUUCUCUGGAUCACAAUUGGUUAACCAGAAAGGUAUUUUAAGGCAAUAAAAAAUGCUCACAAAAAAUGAAACAUUUGAUUUGGCCAUUAUAACUGUCUAUUUGCAGUUGUUCAUUUUUUACUUUAUUUAUUAUUUUAAAAAAUGAAAAAAAAGGAAAUGAUUUUCAUAAUUCAAAAAAUUAUUAUUUUUGUGUUUGAACUACCAGAUGUUUACACAUUAAACAACCAGUCAUUGUGUCCAGCGUCCUGCUUGUAAAGAAACCCCUGUCAGUACACUGUACAUGAAUUGACAGUUCAUUUACACAACAUCGCCUUGUCAUUCAAUUUCAUGAACAAUAUUCUACCAAUACAACACGAUUCAUGUCUGUAAAAUGUAAAGAAAUUUUAAUGUUAGAAAAGAGUAAAAGUAGAGGGAAAAGAAUAAAUACGUACUCUUAAAACGUUCUCUUUUCCUAGACUACUUUCAAACAUUUAACUUUUCCGUGACUUUAACCCAUUCGCCCCUGAACCGCCCGUGCGGAUCCAGGUCCUUUCUACCCUUUGUGACGUCAUCAGUUUUAACGGUCAAGGACAACUUUCUUCGCUAACUUGUGCAGAGUGAAGAGAUCUUUCAAACCAUACCAGAAUGAGCACAAUUCAGUCAAGGACACCGGAGAAAGAAGCAAAAAACCACGUGACAAGGACCUGAAAAUCUCCAUGAAAAUCUUGUUCCAUUACCCACCUACCUUUCCUUUCACCUAAUCCUAAGAUCCUAAAAGCUUUCCUAAAAACUCUUCCCACCAAAAUGAAGCCUACUAAAUGCCCAGCAAGAGAAAAAAAAAAUGAGGCAAGAAAAGCGAAAAAAGAAGGGAGGAGAGAAAGCGAAACGUAAAAGUCAAGACUGCUGUGUCACUUUUAAACCCAAAAACUGUCAAAAUUUUGCUUUCUGCGCAUGCCCGAACUUCACAAGCUGAUAUUUUGCAUCUGGAUCAGAAGGCCGCCAAGUGUACGACCUGUAAACCGGUUUGUGGUAAGUUUUAGCUCUUUAUAGCACGACAGUGACCAGAAAACCACUCGACUAGCUUCAAAAAGCGUUUUUCGGCAAAAUCUCCAGGAGCGAAUGGGUUAAGUGAAAUUCCCUGACUUUUCCCGGACAUGAAAGAUUUUUUUUCCCUGACCAUUUCCUAACCUGUGGCAACCAUGAGUGAGAAGUUCAAAUAAAGUUUUAAAAAGAACAAAUUUAAAAUUUAUUUACAUCGUAAAACUUUAAAAAGGCCACAUUCAGUUCAGCUGGGUCUAGUGUCUAUCAUCAUUCUGCACUUGAACAUCAUUCAGUAUUUGAUGAAAUACACCAGAUUUUCACUGACUUGGGGAAUGGUACUAAACAUGCUGGGUAUGAUCAUGGUACAUUAGAAAUUGCGACAUCAAGGCAUUGUGGUAAAAAAGUGCAAUGUGGUUAAAAAUCCAGAUGCAUUGUGGGUAGAAAUUGAAAAUUUUUGUUCCUGUACGGAUUAGGUCUGCCGCCCAGGCUUGCUCGCGCGGCAGCAAUUACCAAUUGUUUCACCUCUGGUCAGCUGAGAUUCUUGACCUUGUUAUGUUGAAUUUUUAUCAUUUCUUUCAGUCAUUUGCUUACCCCCUCUAACCUUUGCAACAAUGAAUACUACCAUCUGGGCAGGCAAAAGGCCUUGUUGAAAUUUUAUGGUGAAAAUAUUAUUCUUUGUUUGCAGAUGGUGCUUGCUCAUGUUACUAACAAGUUAUCCAGCCAUGUAACUUACCUUACUGUUCAAGUUUUUAAAGAUGACUGGAUACGAAGCUCGAGUGGCUCAAAGCUCAAUAUACCCAGCCUGCAGUCAACUCCUCAUAACAUGCCUUAUUUAAACCAAGGCACCAAGACUAUUUACAGCAGUCCCCAGCAGUUCAAAGCAACACUGGCUGCACGAGGAGAUGCAAGUUAUCCCAUAACUAUGUCAUCUCCUCGAAAUAAGGCGUCAUAA